GCUGAUCUUCCGGCAACGUGACAGUUUGCCACUUUGAAAAAUUUAUUACACAACCUCUGGAAGGGAAAAACUCAAGGUUCAACAGCAGUUAGAUAUCACUUAGUUUCUGGAGCGGUUUUCAUAAGGAAGAAGGGAUCAUUUGCAAAGUAACCCUGAGCUCCAAGGAGAAUGGGAGAUUGGGGGUUUCUCUCGAGUCUACUGGACAAGGUGCAGUCCCACUCCACUGUGAUUGGGAAGAUAUGGAUGAGCGUCCUCUUCAUCUUCAGGAUCCUGGUCCUGGGGGCGGGAGCGGAGAGCGUCUGGGGCGAUGAACAAUCUAGUUUAGUGUGCAACACCAUGCAGCCCGGUUGUGAGAAUGUGUGCUACGACUGGAAGUUCCCCAUCAGCCACAUCCGCUUCUGGGUGAUGCAGAUCAUCUUUGUCUCCACUCCAACCCUGAUCUACUUGGGCCAUGCUUUUCUUGUCAUCCACAAAGAGAACAAGCUGAGAGAGAAAAUAAAACGGCAGCGUGACAACAAAAUGCUGAAAAUGCCCAAAUACACUGAUGACAAGGGUCAUGUCACGAUCAAGGGGAAUCUUCUAGGAAGCUACCUAACCCAGCUUUUCUUUAAGGUAAUCUUAGAGCUGGCUUUCAUUGUCGGGCAGUAUUAUCUGUAUGGCUUCAUUAUGAUCCCUGAAUUUGCCUGCUCUAAAAAGCCGUGCCCGUACACAGUGGAGUGCUUCAUGUCCCGUCCCACAGAGAAGACCAUCUUCAUCAUCUUCAUGCUGGUGGUGGCCUGUGUGUCUCUACUGCUGACUGUGAUCGAGAUCUUCUACCUGAUCUGCACCCGGGUUAGAUGUCGGCCCACAAAGCAAAGGAUGUACAACAGAACGUCGGCUGAGCACCCAGCCGGCUUGUCUUCUUCGUGGCAGCCCGCGCUGGGGGUCGAGGACCCUCUGAAGCAAAACAAGCUUAACAUGCAGUUAGAGAGUGGACACAGUAUCGCUGUCAGUCUGGACGAGGCACAUGAGGACAAAGAGAUGUUAAAGGACCAUUAGAUUUAAUGUUGCAAAAAAAAUUAUGUUGUUUCUUCUCAAAGAAACAUUGUUGUUUUGAAUGUGUUGUUCAUAAACUCUAGGGUCCAAAGGUCUGAGUCUGCUGCCAGGAACUGCUUUUAUUUCAUCAUUUAUCGAAAAAACUAAUUCAACUUUUGUCCAUACUUGAUUUAUUCUUGUUUGAUUUCCAAAAAUGUUAGAGAAGAGAGAACUGUUGGGAUUCUUCCACACUACACUAAAUUGAUGUCUUAUGUAUGUUUAAAGAGACAUUUUUUUUUUUUUAUCUGUUUAAGAAAUGUUGUACCAAUAGGAAAGUUGAAUUCAUUUUUACGUUUUUUAUAACUGAUAAAAUAAAAGUAGCUCUGUUUGCACUAGACCUCACUGUUCAUACACUUCAAUUGAACAAAAUUAUGUUAAAUCUUAUUCUGACUGCUUAUUGAGAUAUAGAUUUAAUUUAAAUGCUAUAUUAGUACUUUAUUAUAGAUAUAUACUAGGCUUGAAGUAUUUUGGUCCAUUUUGCGAGUUUUUGUUACUUUUGUCUUUUUUAGGUAUUGUAUGUAUUCAUAGAAAGUAACUUAUAAAGAAGCUUUUUUGGCUUCAAAGUAUUUCAGUAUUCUUCAAAAUGAAUGAUGUUGGGAUGUAAGAGUAUGUUGAUAUAAUCUCUUCACCUGAAAUAAAGUAUUGUAAUGAAAACCUUUUAAA